UAUCUAUGGAGUCAUCUGACUACUCCGAAAAAAUGGAAAUAUUCCUGAAGAAAUUGGAAAAAUACUCUAAACUAUGGCAAACAUAUUCUAUUUGCCUCAGCGUAGCGAAUAACUAUAUUGGAAGACCACAUGAUUUAUGUCCGUGUACAAAAGAAGAAUUAUUCCUUUAUCUAAAUAAAGUUCUAUUACCUCCGACAGAAAAAAAUAAAUGGAAAAAAAUUAAAGAAACUUUAUCACAGUGGAAGAAACCGGUCAUUGGGCUAAAACUUACUAUCGUUUCCGCUGACUUAUUGCAAUCGGACGAAAGUCAAAAUGAGGAAAUAAGUUCUUACUGCAUUGUUUGGACCAAUCCUAAAGAAAAGAAAAUAGCAAAAAUUCCGAAAACUAAUGACCGUUCUUCUUGCAAGGAAACUUCGCUUAUAGAGAAUGUUUCCAACGAAAGGACUUUAACAAUUCAACUCUGGAAGAAAAAUGUCGAUUCGACAGCAAAAAAUGUGAACAGAAAAUCUUUUAUCAGAAAAAUAUUUAGAUGUAAGAAUAUGGAAUCAAGAGAUAAUUUCGUUUCUUCGGCCGAAAUUCCCAUUAAAGAAUUACCAUUUCUUCAAAAUACCGGAGAUACUGAAAAUGCGAUUACGGUAUAUUUUAAAGACGACAAGAUCAUGUCUCGAGGAUCGUUGGUAAUUAAUUAUGAAUUUAAAGCUGAAAAGAAUCGUUCAUUUGCUCCUGCAAUUGAAAACCAUAUUAAUUUGUGUCGAUUAUUUUUAUUGAAAGACAUCAGAAUAACCGAACUCGGUUACGAAGACUACGAAUAUUUACAUGGAGCCUUUGAUCCGGAAGGUUGGACUUUUCUAAUGCAACAUGGUGUACAAUAUGGACUCUUUCCUAUAGAUCACUACAUCUGUGUAUGGUUUUGUAUGCGACAUUACCUAAACGACAGAAAUUUAAGUUAUAACUUCAUCCUUUAUAACAACGUUCUGCAUAACAUCAACAAUAAAUUAACAUUAAUUGAGGAUCAGUCAACCUUGAAAUCUUCAUUGAGAAAAGAUUUAUCUAUUUUUCAAGAACAUUGUCUGGAUUAUUUGAGAAAUUUACACGAAAUAUUUCACUUGAAGGAUGCACAAAAUCGACUUCAGUUUCGUUCACUGUUGAGAUUAAUAAUUAAUUUUGGAGCUUUUGACAAACGUAUGGAACGGAAUGUGAUCAAAGCUAUCAAGGAGGAUUUUCGUAUGUAUUUUAGAAAAAAAAUUCAAUUGUUAGAAGACAAUCAAUCUGAUGAACUGAAAACUGAAUUAAUAGAAAAAAUCGCCUUAUAUCUUAUAAACGAUUUGGAACAAUUAGAUAUUCAAUUCCAAAAGUAA